AUGGCUGAACAGCAAUCUCUCUUUCAGAAAGUGAUGGCUGAACAGCAAGCCCUCGCCACAACAGUGAGAAAUUUGGAGCGUCAAAUGGGACAGCUUGCUAGUGCUCAAAAUACUAGACCAGCAGGAGCUCUUCCAAGUGACACUGAAGCCAAUCCUAGGGCGACCCUUAAUGCUGUGUCGUUGAGGAAUGGGAGACAACUAGAGGAAGUUCUAUCUAAAAAGAGGAAACAGGUGACUUUUAAUGAGAUUCCAGCCACUGUAGAAUCAACAUCAGAGAAAUCCAAGGAGCCAGAGAAGUCGGCUGGAGAGGCGGUGGCUAAGCAAUCCCCACAAUUGGUACAAAUUAAUAUUCCAUUGGUUGACAUCUUACAGGAAGUACCCAAAUAUGCAAAGUACAUCAAGGACAUUGAGGCGAAUAAAAGGAGGCUGACCGAGUUCGAGACUGUGGCACUCACUGAGGAGUGCAGUUCCAGAAUUCAAGGCAAGUUACCUCAGAAAUUGAAGGAUGCAGGUAGUUUCACUAUCCAAAUCACGAUUUGUAAACAUGCUGUUGGGCGAGCUCUAUGUGACCUUGGAGCAAGCAUCAAUUUGAUAUCGCUAUCUACAUUCAGACAGUUGGGGUUGGGUGAACCACGCCCAACCACAGUUAUCUUACAGUUAGAUGACCGCUCCCUUGCUCAUCCUGAGGGAGUAAUUGAAGAUGUGCUUGUCCAAGUGGGGUCUUUUAUAUUCCCAGCCGAUUUCAUCAUCCUGGAUUACGAGCCUGAUCAGGAAGUCCCAUUUAUUUUGGGGCGUCCAUUCUUAGCCACGGGCCAAGCUAUUAUUGAUGUUUGUGAAGGUAAGAUGACGAUGAGAGUGGGUGAUCGAGUGGAGGUCUUCAACGUUUAUAGAGCACUCAAGUUACCAACCCACUAUGAAGAGUUAUCCAUGAUCUCUGUGGUAGAAGGUGAUGCCACAUCGUUAGUACCCUAUAUGAGCCUUGCAGAUCUUGUUGAACGGGUAUUGAUUGGGGACAUAGAAAAUGGUGAAGAUGAAAGGAUGGGAGAAAUUGAGCAAGUGCUGGAUAUGUCCUGCUGUUAUGUACAUGGGGUUAGAAAAUUUAAAGAAUUGGAUAGGCCUGUCACUCUGACCCUCCCCAGGCCAUCUAUUGAAGAGGCUCCGAAGCUAGAACUCAAGCCACUUCCAGCGCAUCUGCGCUAUGCUUAUUUGGGGAACUCAGAGACACUGCCCGCGAUUAUUUCAUCCAGCUUGACCAGCACUCAAGAAGAAAAAUUGCUUAGAGUCCUCUGUGAGCAUAAAAGGGCCAUUGGGUGGACUAUCGCUGACAUCAAUGGAAUUAGUCCAUCAUUUUGCAUGCAUAAAAUCUUUCUAGAGGACGGACACCGCCCCAGUGUAGAGCAGAAAAAGAGAUUAAAUCUCGUUAUGAAGGAGGUGAUGAAAAAGGAAGUAAUCAAGUUGCUCGAUGCAGGAUACAAUCAGAUCCUCAUAUGCCCAGAAGACCCGAAGAAGACUACCUUUACUUGUCCUUAUGGCACCUUUGCCUUCAAGCGAAUGCCAUUUGGUCUUCGUAAUGCACCAGCCACUUUCCAGAGAUGCAUGAUGGAGGGCAUCGUGUUGGGUCACAUAGUAUCUAGGAGCGGCAUUGAAGUUGAUAAAGCAAAGGUGAAGGCGGUUUCAAAAUUACCUCCACCUAUCUCAGUGAAGGGUGUCCGGAGUUUCUUCGGACACGCGGGUUUCUAUCGGCGCUUUAUUAAAGAUUUUUCAAAAAUUUCCACUCCCUUGUGCAGGCUGCUUGAAAAAGAUUUCUCUUUCAAUUUUGAUGAUUCUUGCCUCAACGCAUUUGAGGAACAUAAAAAGAAGUUGGUGACUGCCCCCAUUAUUGUGGCACCUGAUUGGUCUCUACCAUUUGAACUUAUGUGUGACACGAGUGACCUUGCUAUUGGGGCAGUGCUAGGCCAGAGGAAGGACAAGAUGUUUUAUUCCAUCUACUAUGCGAGUAAGACUCUUGAUGAUGCACACCAGAAAUACACCACCACUGAGAAGGAGUUGUUAGCCGUUGUGUGGGCCUUUGAGAAAUUCCGGACAUACUUGGUGGGAACGAAAGUCAUAGUUCAUACGAACCAUGCAGCAAUCAGGUAUUUGUUUACAAAAAAGGAAUCCAAAGCUCGUUUGAUGCGCUGGGUUUUGUUGCUGCAGGAAUUUGAUGUGGAAAUAUGA